AUGGAGGAAGCGACGACCAUCGAUGCCGGCCGACGAGCUGGCCUGGCUUCUUGGUGCCGCUACCAGCCCCGCAUGGUUGGCAAAGGCAGCUUCCUUCUUUCGGACUAUUUGAUGCUCUUCUUGGAAAGGCUUGGUGAGCAUGUGGACGCGCACCAGUCCCUGGAUGGACAAGAGCUCCAGCACUACCAGUGCGCAGUUCCAGACCAUGAGUGGCAACGUGUGAAGGAUCGCUUCUACAACGCUUACACGCUGCAGAAGUCGGCAUAUCGGCGUGCGAAUGGGGGUCAAGCGGCACCAGGCAUGAGUGAGCAUGCGAAGCCCCAUUUUCGAACCGACCGGGGCCUCCGAAUGCAGCGACACCUGCACAGGCCGGUGCCAACUACCCCAGCCCUGGCGCUUGUGAUCCACAACACAUUCCUGGAGUUAGAGGAACCGGAGGAGUCGGGAACUGCGUUCAAGAGAACCAUAUCGAGGUCGGCCUCACCGCACACCUUUCACAAUAACCUGAUCCUUGUGGCCUAG